AUUUCCAAUUUUUAUACGUUUAGUUACACGUAACUCAAUAUUCUAACGUGCGCACUUAGGUACCUGUGCGCACCGUCUCUCAAAACACACACAAAAACACACAUUACAUAACAUAACACAUACACCCACCACCAUCGAUUAUCUCUUCUAUAAAAUUAACCAUUUUUUCUUUUUUAAAUUUCACUUUAUUUUUCUUUACCAAUAUCUUCAUUCAACUUUAGAUUAGAUUGUAAUCUUGUCAAUUUUUUCAAUUCAUCUCAUAAAGGGGAUUAUUGUUUGUAUCUCUUUAGCCUUUUUGAUAUAAAGAAGUCAACUUUUGCAUGGGAAAAGAAUGCAAGAUUUGCAAGUCGGAGUUCGGCGAUCACAGAGGGUCAAACAAAACCAGACUCCUGCUGUUUUAGUUCCCUCUGCUCGCCGUGGUGCUGGAAGAGCUGGUCGAGGUAGAGGCUCUAGAGCAAUGAACCAAGAUCAGAAUGCAAAGGUUUUAGGUGUUGGAGCGCGUGGCCGGGGCCGUGCAGGUUUGGACUUGCCAGUGAGACAGGCAGGUGAAAAAAGUGCUGAAAAACUGGCUGCUGGUGAGGAGGAAGGAAGUACAGGUCCCCUUCCUGAGAGGGUACAAGUUGGUCACUCUCCUGUGUACAAGUUGGAGAGGAAGCUGGGCAAAGGGGGUUUCGGUCAAGUUUAUGUUGGAAGAAGGUUGUCUGGUGGUACAGGGCGUACUGGGCCUGAUGCUCUUGAGGUAGCUCUGAAACUUGAACAUCGAAAUAGCAAAGGUUGCAGUUAUGGCCCUCCUUAUGAGUGGCAAGUGUAUAGCACUCUCAAUGGUUGUUAUGGGCUUCCUUUGGUUCAUUAUAAAGGUCAACAAGGAGACUACUACAUCCUAGUGAUGGACAUGCUUGGCCCAAGCCUGUGGGAUGUUUGGAACUCUAAUAACCAAACGCUGUCCGAACAGAUGGUUGCUUGUAUAGCAGUGGAGGCAAUAUCAAUUUUAGAACAGCUCCACCUAAGAGGUUUUGUUCAUGGAGAUGUUAAGCCGGAGAAUUUUUUGCUUGGCCAGCCUGGUACAUCCAAUGAGAAGAAGUUGUAUUUAAUUGAUCUUGGUUUGGCUUCGAGAUGGAGGGAUGCAACUUCUGGUCGGCAUGUCAAUUAUGACCAAAAGCCUGAUGUUUUCAGGGGAACUGUACGUUAUGCCAGUGUACAUGCUCACUUGGGUAGGACAGGAAGCCGAAGGGAUGACCUUGAGUCCCUAGCUUAUACCCUCAUAUUCCUCCUCAAGGGAAAGCUUCCUUGGCAAGGUUAUGUAUUGCAGGGAGAAAAUAAAGGAUUUCUUGUCUGCAAGAAGAAGAUGGGAACUUCUCCUGAAAUGCUUUGUUUCUUGUGUCCUCCUCCCUUUCAACAAUUUCAUGAGAUGGUGACCAAUAUGAGAUUUGAUGAAGAGCCUAAUUACUCAAAGCUUAUUUCUCUUUUCGACAACAGCAUAGGCUCCAAUAUCUUGUCACGCCCUAUCCUAACUGAUGGAGCUAUUAAGGUUGGUCAGAAGAGGGGAAGGUCAUUGGUUGAGUCUGAGGAUGGUGGUCAGCUUAAGAAGAAAGUUCGUAUCGGUACUCCAGCUACACAGUGGAUCUCGGUAUAUAAUUACAGAUCAUCAAUGAAGCAAAGGUAUCAUUACAAUGUUAUGGAUACAAGAAUUGACCAGCAUGUGGAGAAAGGAAAGGAAGAUGGGUUGUACAUUAGCUGUGUGGCCUCAUCUACGAAUUUGUGGGCUAUUAUUAUGGAUGCAGGGACAGGGUUUACAUCCCAGGUUUAUGAAUUAUCUCCCAUUUUCUUGCACAAGGAGUGGAUUAUGGAACAAUGGGACAAAAAUUUCUAUAUCACCUCAGUAGCUGGUACAGCCAAUGGCAGUGCCUUGGUUGUUAUGUCAAAAGGUACUCCUUAUACUCAACAAUCCUACAAAGUUAGUGAUGUAUUUCCAUUCAAAUGGAUAAAUAAAAAGUGGAAGGAAGGCUUCUCUGUCACCUCAAUGACCACGGCAGGUAGCAAAUGGGGCAUUGUGAUGUCCAGGAAUGCAGGUUAUCCUAAUCAGGUUGUUGAACUUGAUUUCCUUUAUCCCAGUGAGGGGAUACAUAGAAGGUGGGAGAACGGGUAUCGGAUUACUGCAACUGCUGCUACAGCAGAUCAAGCUGCGUUCAUACUUAGUGCUCCCAAAAGGAAAUCGCAAGAUGUGGCACAAGAAACUUUGCGGACGUCCGCAUUUCCUAGUACACAUGUUAAGGAUAAAUGGUCAAAGAAUCUUUAUAUUUCAUCUAUUUGCUAUGGAAGAACAGUAUCUUGAAGUUAGGACUUCGGAAGAAGAAGCCGCACAUGCAAACAAGAAACAGGUUGGUGGUUUGCAUGACAUCACCAAUUCCAGGCCUUUUUGAGUUGUGAAGAAAUCCAAAUUUGCGGGGUAUGCCUAGAGAAGUUGCUUUGCAUUGUGAGAGGUUACGUUUCCAGAGAAGAUACUGGGAACCUUAUAAUGGGGCCAGAAACAUCUAUUUAUCAUGGCUCGAUAUGGCUGUUCAAACCCAGAGAAUAUGUACAGUGACCAAAUAUCUGAGGAAUCUUCAUCUUUUGUUUUGUUAUUGGUAUGAGCCAGGGUAAUGCCUAAAAGAACAAAAUAUCCUCUUAUACAGUUUGAAGUUGAAAAAAGUUAUGUUGGCUGGAGGGCAAAUUUAAGGUGUUGCUAGAAGGAUUAUUUACCGCCAAGGUAAUCUUGUCACUGUAAUAUUCACAGAAAAUGGAUAGCAUCGCUAUCGAUUGUUGUAACAAUUUUUCUUUUUUGAAAUGUAACAAGAUUAGAUUUUUC